UUUACACAAACUUGAGUCCAAUUGAAAAUCCCAAGGCGAAAUGGAGUGUAUCCAAAGGCUCACCCACCGUCUCUUCCCGUCAACAGUUACCGGAAUAUGCUUCAAGACAGUCUCUACCAGGUCACUUCGGGUCAACCCACUUGCCCAUACCCGGAACCCAUUACGUAACCCGCUAAAAAACCCGAGACCGGUUGCAUUAAUACCCGGGAUAAGACGCCAAGAGAGCUACUCUUCUUCUUCUUCAGUGGCUCGGGCGGGUUGGUUUUUGGGUUUAAAAGAUAAGAAGGACGAUAUGCCGGAUAUAGUUAAAGCGGGUGACCCGGUGCUUCAUGAACCGGCCCGGGAAGUUUCUGUUGAAGAAAUCGGGUCGGAUAGGAUCCAGAAGAUUAUUGAUGAUAUGGUCAAAGUUAUGAGGAAGGCUCCUGGGGUUGGUCUUGCUGCUCCUCAGAUUGGCAUUCCCUUAAAGAUUGUUGUUUUGGAAGACACUAAAGAGUAUAUUGGUUAUGCACCCAAGGAAGAGAUCAAGGAACAGGAUCGAAGACCUUUUGAUCUUUUGGUUAUUAUCAACCCAGAGCUUAGAAAGAAAAGCAACAAAAGUGCACUGUUUUUUGAAGGUUGCUUAAGUGUUGAUGGAUUCAGAGCUGUGGUGGAGCGACACCUAGAGAUUGAAGUUACUGGUCUUGAUCGAGACGGCCAGCCCAUCAAGGUGGAUGCAUCAGGCUGGCAGGCCCGCAUAUUACAGCAUGAAUGUGAUCACCUAGAUGGAACUCUCUAUGUUGAUAAGAUGGUCCCAAGAACUUUUAGGACUGUAGAGAAUUUGGAUUUACCCCUUGCGACUGGAUGCUCCAAGCUUGGCGUUCGUUAGCACAUACUAGGCAUACAUUUUAAAUUUUUUUUAUUCACAAAACCACGUCAAUAUACAUCUAUUGGAGAUGCUACUCGUGGCAAUUGGCAACAGGGGAAAAGAUAUUGCUACUGUUCAGUUGCUAAGCAAAGUGAAGAUCAUGAUGUGAGAAAAAUUGUUUACUUGUAAUAGCUUUAAAAAUCAUGUUAAAAACGACCACUCAUUUGUAAGAUUAUAUUAUAUUAGACUCA